AAGUUGUGUAAGACUAUUAAAGCAGACUCAAGCUCUGAGGUGGAUCUUCCCCUGACCAAGAAAGGAUGAAUGUAGCAGACCUUUUUGGGGCUGCAUCAAACGGUGACUGUGACAAAAUCCGCUCCCUGUUGGAGGAAGGGAUGGAUGUUGAUGCCAAAGAUGAAGAUGACCAUGGCUGUACAGCACUGCAUCAUGCUGCAAAGGCUGGCCAUUGUCCUGCUAUAGAACUGUUGUUGGACAGAGGUGCAAAAAUUGAUGCUAUUAAUACAAAAGGCAUGACUGCACUUCAUUACGCUGCGAUGAACUGUCACUGUGCUGCAAUUGCCCUUCUUCUAGACCAAGGUGCAGAUGUGGAAAUAUGGGACCAUGAUUGUCGGACAGCCCUACAUUUUGCUGCAAGUAGCGAUGAAAGGAUGAGCAGUCCUCAACCGCUAUACAAAUUUGUUUUCGGAUGCGCUGAUUACUCCCAUCAUUUGCAAGUUUCUCCUGAGAAACACCGUUGUGAUGCAAUCUCACUCUUGUUAGAUGGAGGAGCAGACAUGGAUUUUAAAGAUCGGUAUGAUUACACUCCGCUACAUUACGAUGCGUAUGAAGGGGACAACGAUGCCAUUCGCCUCCUGUUGAACAGAGGGACGGAGUUUCACGAACAAAAUAUAUAUGGUCAGACUGUACUUCACAUAACAGCCUUUCAUGGCCAUAAUGACACCGUCAAGUUGUGGUUGGAUCGGGGUGUAGACAUUGCUGCAAUGGACAACAUGUGCCGUACAGCGCUUGCUGUGGCUGCAAGGCACGGCCAUCACGAAACAGUUAAGUUACUGUGUUCUCGCGACGGUAAUCUGGCUGCAAAGGGCACGCAUGAUUCAUGUACUCCUUUGUUGGAUGCUGCUCGGAAUGGAUAUUGUAAGGUUAUCGACGUUUCCUUAACAUUAGCUGUUACGUUGGGUGAAAAUUGCUCGGGCAACACAGCGCUUCAUGCGGCCAUCCCGCAUGGAGGUCUGAAAACUGUUACACAUCUAUUGGGUCUAGGGGUGGAGGUGAACGCAAGGAACAAAGAUGGCAAGGAUGGUGGUUGGACAGCACUUGACCAUGCCCUCCACUGGGAGGACUUCACAAUUGCAUAAGCAAUCCUCUUGGCAGGCGCAGACUGUAACAUGGAGAUUGACGAGGAGCCAACGCCUGUGCCAGGGUGGGCCAAUCUUCGCAAACUCCUACUCGAUCACAGAAAACACUACCCAAAUCUACAAAGAUCAUGUCGAGUAAAGAUCCUUAGUGUUCUUGGUAAGAGGAGGCAUGAAGUGAUUGACCAAUUAGCAAUACCGCAAGUUCUGAAAGACUACUUGUUAUUCAAAGAUAUUUGGUACUAGUCCUUUACAACCCUUUACUUUACAUGAGAUACAUUCCUGAAAUGUUUGGUCCUUUCAACAGGUGCUUUGAUGGAUAGUUUGUUGUUUGGUUAAUGUUAUAGAAUUCAGUCAGAUCUCAACAUAAGUGACUUCUCUACAUAAUAAAUGAUAAAUACAACCUAACCCCCCCCCCCCUUUUUUUUUUACCAUUGUCCCAGUACUUCGGAAUUUUGCCUAUAUCGUCAAGCUGUCAACUCUGACCAUUUGUUGACUUUUUAGUGUUCACUAAUGCAGUAGGUCUAACUGCAAUCCAAGUGUAAUAAAAGGCUUCUGAUUAAGCGGUCUAAAUUAAAGGUGAAGGAAAAUGUGUUGUUUAAUAGGGCAAAGUUACAGCUAUGAAAUAUUGCAAUUUUCAAGUAAGUUAUUCUUUCGAUAUGUGUGAUAUAGAAAGAAAGACUAUGAAGCCAAUCUUGAUUCAAUGAUUUUAUAUUCUUUCUCUUAUCAUACAGUGUUAGAGUUAAAACAAAGGUUAUCAUCCUGUAUUUUUAUUAUAUCUUAUACUAUAUUCCA